AAUGUUAAUAAAGUAAUGAGAAAAGAUAAAAAAGUGAAAGGAGAUAAUGUUGCACCGUCACUAUACUGCCGCAUCAUCUGUCAUAAUCAUCCAUUCGCCGAGCUUAGUUUUGCGUGCCUCUCCAUAACGCUCUUCCGCGUUUCAUCUCUAUCAGCAUCAUCAGCAAAAUUUCCUCUUCUUUCUGUACCUGCUCUUAAUAUCUUCUCCAUGUCGUCAGCAGCCACUCCGAUGAAGUUGCCGCCGAUCGCCAAGAAGGUGGAGUAUGUCAUGGAGCUGUUUGGAGAUAUUAGAGUGGACCACCAUUACUGGCUCCGAGACGACUCUCGCUCCAAUUCUGAGAUCCAUUCACACCUCAAAAAGGAGAAUGCUUACACCGACUCAUUUAUGUGUGGAACCAAACAAUUUGAGCAGCAGCUUUUCGCUGAAAUAAGGGGGCGAAUCAAGGAGGAUGAUUUUUCUGCACCCAGAAGAAAAGGGCCUUACUACUACUACACAAGGACUUUGGAAGGGAAGGAGUAUGUGCAGCAUUGCCGGCGCUAUAUAUCUAAUAAUGAAGUCCCACCUUCAGUUCAUGAUGUAAUGCCAACCGGACCUAAUGAUCCCCCAGAGUAUGUCAUACUGGAUGAGAAUGUCAAGGCUCAAGGGCAUGAAUAUUACAGCAUUGGUGUUUUCAAGGUUAGUCCGAAUCAUAAAUUGGUCGCAUAUUCAGAAGACACCAAGGGAGAUGAAAUUUACACUGUUUAUGUCAUUGAUGUGGAGACUCAAGCUCCUGUUGGGAAGCCUCUGACAGGUGCAACAUCUUCUCUUGAGUGGGCAGGCAAUGAUUUUUUGGUUUACGGCACAAUGGAUGACAUACAUCGGGCUGAUAAGGUGUGGCUGCACAAGUUGGGGACAGAUCAAUCAAGUGACUCUUGCCUUUAUCAUGAGAAGGAUGAUAAAUUUUGUGUGGAACUUCAAGCUUCAGAGAGUGAAAAGUAUUUGUUUAUUAUAUCUGACAGCCGAAAUACAAGGUUUGUCUCAUAUGUUGAUGUUUCCAUGCCUCAAGAUGGUGCGAAGGUUUUGACACCUCGCAUAGAUGGCAUUGAUACAUCAGUCAGCCAUCGUGGAAAUCAUUUCUUUAUUCGGAGGAGAACAGAUGAGCUUUUCAAUUCAGAGCUACUGGCCUGUCCAGUGGAUGACAUUUCUGCGACUACAGUUCUUAUUCCUAAUAGGGAAAGUAUAAAAAUUUGGGAUGUACAACUCUUUGCUGACCAUCUGGCUGUGUAUGAGCGUGAAAAUGGUCUGCCCAAAAUAACAGCAUAUCACCUUCCAGCUGUUGAUGAGCCACUUAAAAGCCUUAAAGGCGGUCGGGUUGUUGACUUCAUUGACCCUGUAUAUUGUGUGGAUUCAGAGGAAUCAGAGUUUUCUUCCAGCAUUUUGAGGUUUUCAUAUAGCUCGUUGAGGACUCCUUGUUCUGUGUAUGAAUAUGAUAUGAACACAGGAAUUUCUGUUCUGAAGAAGAUUGACACAGUCUUGGGAGGUUUUGAUUUGUCUAAUUAUGUUACUGAAAGAAAAUGGGCCACAGCUUCAGAUGGCAUGCAGAUUCCUUUAUCAAUUGUUUACAGGAAUGAUCUGGUGAAACUUGAUGGGUCUCACCCAUUACUGCUUCAUGGCUAUGGUUCAUAUGAGAUGAGUAUAGAUCCCACAUUCAAGGCACCAAGGCUGUCUUUAUUGGAUCGUGGUUUUAUCUUCGCAAUAGCUCAUGUUCGUGGAGGUGGUGAAAUGGGGAGGCAGUGGUACGAGAAUGGAAAGUUAUUGAAGAAAAAAAAUACUUUCUCAGAUUUUAUUGCUUGUGCAGAGUAUUUAAUAGAACAGAAGUACUGCUCAAAGGAAAAAUUGUGCAUUGAAGGAAGGAGUGCAGGGGGAUUGCUUAUUGGUGCUGUUCUUAACAUGAGGCCUGAUUUGUUCAAGGCUGCUGUUGCCGGAGUACCUUUUCUGGAUGUUCUGACUACCAUGCUUGAUCCAAGUAUCCCUCUUACAACUGAAGAGUGGGAGGAGUGGGGAGACCCUCGUGAGGAGGAGUUCUACUUCUACAUAAAGUCAUAUUCCCCUGUUGAUAAUGUUAAGCGUCAAAAUUAUCCCAACAUCCUCGUUACAACUGGCUUACACGAUCCACGAGUUAUGUAUUCAGAACCUGCAAAAUUUGUGGCAAAGCUGCGGGAUAUGAAAACUGAUGAUAAUGUGGUGUUGUUCAAAUGUGAUCUCUGCGCUGGGCAUUCUUCUAAGUCAGGAAGAUUUGAGAGGCUUCGAGAAGAUGCAUUCACAUAUACAUUUCUGAUGAAGGUUCUUAACAUGAUUCCCGACCUUGGUGCUGGCCAAAAUUGAUGAAUAUGUGUAUAGGUAAUGCAAAUUCAGUAAUAGCCCAGCUUGGCGAACUAUAUAAGUAGCAUACCAUACAGUAGUUCUAGUGUAGAAGUGUUAUGGGUGCAUACCCGCAUAUAUUCCCAGUUUUUGUGUGGUAGUUGAAAUUGAAAGAGAUGCAUUACCAGUACUGAUAAAUUAAAAUGAUAGGAUUAGCACCUUCUGUCA